AAGGCAAAGAGGCGUCCUUGCAAGAUCUGUGAUUAACAGAGAGCGGGGAAAUCAAAUGCAGACCUGUAUGGAUUGGCCAUGGGAGUGAUGAGGCUGAUUGUGGAGGGGGUUGCCUCUAAUUAAGUCGGGGAAGGGAGUCGUUGGUGGUUUGACUGGUGCAAAAAGGUGAAAGAGGAAGAAAAGAUCCAGAGAAAGAGAGUUCUCUUUUUUCUUCAUUUUCUUCCGGGUGUCCCCUGUCGGGGUAUUCUUUUGUUAAGAGACAGAGGUUUUUUGGGUUUCAAUUUUCUGUCAUAUGCGAUGUUGAAUGGUCUGAAGGUUUGAUUUGGAUAUCUUGGUCGUCGGUUUUUCGAGGGUAGCAUUUAUGCAUCUCCCACUAUGGAAGUCCAUAUCCCUCUGUGCUGCCCUUAUCCUGGACAAGGGGAGGAGACAUAUAGACAGGGGUUUGACAGAGGAAGGCAAGAGGAAGCCCUCAAUCCUGAGGCAGCUGCAAGAGCACAAGCUCAGGGAGGCCCUGCAAGAGGCAUCUGAAGAUGGGUCACUGGCCAAGUCCCAGGUUAUGGACCCUGAGGGCUUUGGCAAUGACCAAGAAGGCAGCUUUGGCAGGUCGAGGUCGCUAGCGAGGCUUCAUGCCCAGAGGGAGUUCCUCAGGGCAACUGCCCUUGCUGCUGAAAAGAUAUAUUACAGUGAGCAUUCUAUUCCUGACCUCAAUGAGGCCUUCAACAAGUUUCUUACCAUGUAUCCGAAGUACCAAGACUCAGAAAAGAUUGAUCAUUUAAGAUCUGAAGAGUAUUGGCAUCUGACAGAUAUGGUUGCUAAGGUAUGUUUAGAUUACUGUGGUUUUGGGCUUUUCUCUUACACACAAGAAAUGCAGUAUUGGGAGUCCUGCUCAUUUAGCUUGUCUGAGAUUACCGCCAAUCUCAGUAACCAUGCGCUCUAUGGUGGUGCUGAGAAAGGCACCUGUGAACAUGACAUCAAGACUAGGAUCAUGGACUACCUGAACGUACCUGAGAAUGAAUAUGGUCUGGUUUUUACUGUUAGCAGGGGAUCAGCUUUUAAGUUGCUAUCAGAGUCUUACCCGUUCCAAACAAAUAAAAGGCUUCUCACAAUGUUUGAUCAUGAGAGUCAAUCUGUGAAUUGGAUGGCUCAGAGUGCGAGAGAAAAGGGCGCUAAGGUGUAUAGUGCCUGGUUCAAAUGGCCGACCCUGAGACUCUGUUCUUCAGAGUUAAGGAAACGGAUCUCUACUAGUAGGAGGAAGAGAAAGCAAGGUUCGGCUGUGGGGCUGUUCGUGUUUCCUGUACAGUCCAGGGUCACUGGUGCAAAGUACUCUUAUCAGUGGAUGGCAUUGGCGCAGCAGAACAAUUGGCAUGUUCUGGUUGAUGCCGGAUCUCUGGGUCCUAAAGACAUGGAUUCGCUCGGGUUGUCACUUUUCCGUCCAGAUUUUAUUAUCACUUCGUUUUAUAGAGUGUUUGGAUCAGAUCCCUCAGGUUUUGGAUGCCUCCUGAUUAAGAAGUCAGUCAUGGCCAGCUUGCAAAACCAGUGUGGAACUGCCGGUACUGGAAUGGUGAGGAUUGUCCCUGAUUAUCCACAGUAUCUUAGCGAUUCAAUGGAUGGUUUGGAAGGUUUGGCUGGAAUUGAAGUUGAAAGUGAUGAUGGAAAUGGAGAAACGCCUGAAAAUGUUAAAGGAAUGCAGUUGCCUGCUUUUUCAGGUGCAUUCACGUCUGCACAUGUUAGAGACGUAUUUGAGACUGAGAUGGAGCAUGAAAACAGCUCUGAUAGGGAUGGGACGAGUACCAUAUUUGAGGAGACGGAGGAGAGUGCUUCGAUUGGUGAGGUCAUGAAAAGCCCUGUAUUCAGUGAGGAUGAGUCCUCUGACAACUCCUUCUGGAUUGAUCUGGGCCAGAGCCCAUUUGGUUCUGAUAACUCUGGACAGUUGAACAGGCCAAAGUUUGGAUCUCCCUUGCCUCCCUCAUGGUUUUCCAGCAGGAAGAAUCAUAAACGGCUUUCUCCAAAGCAGAAUUCAACAAUAUCCAACAGCCCUCGCUAUGACACCAGACACCUAAACUCAGGACCACGUGGUGUACUGUCAUUUGAUGCAGCGGUGCUAUCAGUUUCCCAAGAGUUGGAUCGUGUCAAGGAGGUCCCUGAAGAGGAGCAAUCUUCGGAAUUCGAUGUUAUACCAGAAACUGGCAUAAAAGAUUCUGAGCCAGAUGCCCAUUGCACUCGUUCUGGAAUGCCAAACUCUGAAAAUCAUGGUCAUGCUAACCAGAUGUGUGGUGGGCAAGAUGGUGCAGAAACAAUUUUUUCUUCUGAUGAGAUCAGAGAGGAAACGACUUGCACUGGUGAUGGUUUGCCUGAUGUUGCUACGAAACCAAGAUUUGAUCAUUGCAAUAACAGUAACAGCUGUGAUUCUACUGAGAUAUGUCUGGAGGGGGUGGAGGCUAAAGAAAGUGCGAUAAGGAGAGAAACAGAAGGAGAGUUCAGGUUGGUACAUAGGAGAGAAUGGAACAAGCUUGCAGGGGGUAGAUUUUUUGGUGUUGAGGAUACAGAAAGAGCGGUGAGCAUGGGAAGGAGGGUUUCCUUUACCAUGGAAAACUACAAGGGAGGCCUGAGUCUUUCAGAAGGUGCGGAGGCUUCUGCUACCACAAUGAAUGAUGAUGAUGAUGCUAUUAGCGAUGGGGAAGCAAGAGACCAGGAGUGGGACCGAAGAGAGCCUGUGAUGAUAUGCAGGCAUCUCGACCAUGUUAAUAUGUUGGGUCUAAACAAAACUACUCUUAGGCUACGAUAUCUGAUCAAUUGGCUUGUGACUUCAUUGCUGCAACUCCGGUUACGAGAUUCAAAUGGUCGAACUGGAAGGUCAUUAGUUCAAAUUUAUGGGCCUAAGAUCAAGUAUGAAAGAGGUGCAGCUGUGGCAUUUAAUAUAAGGGACAAAAAUGGACAUAUAAUCAAUCCUGAACUUGUUCAAAAGCUGGCAGAGAGGAGUGGUUUAUCUAUUGGCAUCGGGUUUCUUAGCCAUAUUCGGAUUAUGGAGAACCAGAGGCCACUGCAGAAGUUGCUUGAUGCUGAAAACAUGUCCUUAUGUGGGCCUAUUUCAGAUGAUCAUCAUAAUAUGAAGAAUCCCAUGGUUCGGGUGCAGGUUAUUACUGCCUCACUGGGCUUCUUGACAAAUUUCGAUGAUGUCUAUAAGAUGUGGGCAUUUGUGGCCAAGUUUCUUAACCCAUCUUUCACUGUGACUGAUGGAUUAGCUACCAUCCCCGAGUCUGGAGAAAACUCAAGUGUGUCCUGAUGCUGUGAUUUCAUGCUUGAAGGGAGAUUUAGGUUCUUCUCUUCUAUCAUCUAUGCAUAUGAGAACCUGGACACUCUGAAUUACCUUUUUUUUUUCUUUGUGAUGUGCUUUUCUGCAUGAAAGCAGAGGAGAAAGAAGUGAAGAGCUUUGCCCCUGGUUAUUCUUUGUAUAUUUACUGCAACGGAAUUCCUCAAGGCAGUUGUGCUUGAAUUGACCAAGGAGCAAGUGGUGCCUGACUCGUUGAAUGGGGUACAUUCGUUCAUUCUUGUCUUCAUCAUAUGUUCUUUUUUUUUUGUAUUCAUGUAGAUUCCACGUUAGGAAUGCCUCACUUGGGGUCCUCUACAGUCUAAUGUGGUUUGCAGGAAACGACAAUCAGGAGGAUGGACAAAUGCAUGUUGUUUCAUAGAAAGAACCUCUUAUUGUAUUGAUUACUCUUAAAAACCUGAUUUUUCUACCGCUCACCGUUUCUUCCAGUUGUCUCUAAUCAUGGUUUCCGCUUCCUUCUUGUAUCUCUGUGGCACUAUUAUGUGCUGGUAGCAGGACAAUGAGCUCUGAGAUUUAGGGCAAUGCUUUCUUGAUGCUCAUGUAGUCCGUACCUGGUUUUGCUUUAUUUGCAUGUGUGGCUGCUCCCGUAAUCUAAAUGACAAGGUUGAGCCCUUCUCUUUUACUUGUCCAA